AUGGAGGUGAAACAGAGGUCACUGCUUGUCAGUGGAGAUAAUGACUUUGGUCAACUCUGUACGGGAAACAACAAACCAACAAAAAAGUUGAUUGAACCCAAACUUCCGCCAGAACUCAUCAUUCAACAAGUUGCAGUUGGAUAUGAUCAUACGUUGAUUUUAACAGAUGCAAAUGAACUCUUUGUUUGUGGAAGUAAUGCAUAUGGUAAAUUAGGAAUGGGCAAAAAUGUGGAAGAAAUCACCAAAUUAACACGUGUUGAUUUUUCACAUCUUCUCCAUCAUCGAAAAUUUAGUUCCAACGACAGCAAUUUUGUGUCGACUCCCACUACAUCCACCACUCCCAAUUUGUUGGGAAAAAACGUCACAUCUACAACUUUGGAUAGUUCUUCUCCUGCCAUUCCAACUCUUUCAUCCUCUCAAGAGGAAAAUGGAACGACCAUGUUGUCAACACUUUCACAUAUUGGAUCGAUGAGAUUAGCAUCGACUUCACUCAAAAAACAAACUCAAUCCGGAAAAAAAUCACCCUUAGGAAGAUUAUUUGAAUCGACAGCACAAGAUGUGGCUGCCAAUGAUUUUUUAGAAUUUCAACGAAGGAAACGACCCACAUCUGGAGAUGUAAUGUUGGAUUCGACCAUGACUGACUCGUCAAGUAACAUUUCUUCGAGUGCUCCUGUGACGACUGAAACCUAUCUCACUUCACAAACAACAACAACGAUGGACAAUGUCAUUGGAAAUCGAAUGAGUUCACCAAUUGGAUCAAAUUCAUCGGAAUCUCCCAUGGAGAGUUUGGAUCGAGAGUCCACUCUCAAUCACGUCAUGAACAACAGCAAUCCAUCGAGUAGUGCCACUCCACUCUCAGCAACCACACACUAUGAUUAUCUUUUUGAUUCUAGUAAUGCGAGAAAACACAAAAAAUCUUCUUCACAUUUGCAGGGUAAUGGAGGUGUCACAUCUCCUCAAACCUCUGAUUCUGGAAUUUCUUCCUCUCAAAUUGUGUCAAGUAUUGACGUUGGGGAUGAAGUGCGAUUGAGUGUGAGCGGUGAAAAUAAUGAAAGUGUGAAUAUUCAUCAACAUGGAAAUGUCGUUGUUGAGAAUUCACAACUCGACUCUUCACAUAUGUCCUCAUCAGGAGGACCAUUGAGUAGUAAUGGUUUGAACACCUCUCCAAAUAUUAUCAUUUCAUCUGGAUCUAGUAACAAUGUUAAUAACAAUGGAUUAACGAGUACAGCAGCCAAUAAUCCUACUACACUUCGUCGUAAUAGUGAUGCCAUUCCUCCCAUGCAUCGUCGAAAUGACUCGGCUGGAAUUCCCACCAUCAACACGAAUAGUGUGAAAACAGUGAGUGGCAACUCUGGCAAUACAGAACGUGUUUCUUCGUCAGGCCACACCGGAAGAAGUAUGGGAAGUUUUGAUUUUGAUAGCAUUGGUAGUGAUCCAAGUAUUACUCCAAUUAGUGAGGACGAUAUUGUAGGUCCAUCCGAUGAAGAAACUCAUCAAUCUAAGAGAAAUAGUGGAGGUUUGAAACCAUUUGGUUCCAUGCUCCUUAAACAACGAAAGACCAGUAAUGCCAAUCCUAAAGAUGUGGUCAUUCCAAAGCUCAAAUCCGAAGCAAUGAAUGAUGCCAGAGCUCAAUUAGAUUUUUUGAAAGACAUUGCACAACAAACAACACCACAAACUGCAAGAGGUGCCACCAGUUCGGACAAGACCAUGCCUCCUUUCGAAAUUAAGAGUAUUUAUUGCAGUCGAAAUAAUUCUUUUAUAUUAACCAAAGAUGAUGAAAUUUACAUGUGCGGAGAACGUAGUUCAUGUUAUUUCAAACGAUUACAAGAUGAAGAAUUAGAAGGAAAGAAGAUUAAAUUAUUUGGAACCUCGCCCUUCUCGGAUCACUUUUUGAUUGUCACGUCACAACAAGAAGUUCUAGUUUCAGGAAAUAACAGCAAUGGUCAGCUUGGAGAUGGAACCACCUUAGAUUGCUAUGGCUUUCUGAAAAAGAUUAAAUUCGAUUUUGGAGAAGACUAUUCCGAUGAAGAAAAGAAAUAUGUGGAUUUUAAAUUUGUGGCAUGUGGUCGAGCUCACACCUGCAUUGUUGCCACUCUGAAUGGAAAUUUCGAUGUAUUUUACAGCACUGGAAAUAAUCAAUUUUCACAAUUGGGAUAUGCACUCCCAUUAGAACGAUCAGAAUUUGAAAAUCCACCAAGUCUUCCCUUCGAACGACAAACAAUUAAGGAUCUUGCAUGUGGUGCUCAACACACCAUGGUAUUAACCAUGAAUGGAGAAUUGUGGGCAUGUGGAAAGGGAGAUUUAGGUCAAUUAGGAAAUGGAAGUUAUUCACCCAAGAAUGAAUUCCAAAAAAUUGAUCUCUCUUCUUCGUAUGUGUUGAGACGAGUAUUCUGUGGAGGUGGUUUUACCGUUUUAUUGACCAAUGACAAUACCAUGUUGAGAACAGGAGGAAAUUAUUAUGGACAAAGUUUUCAAGGAAGUACUGAAAUGUCAUGUGAAUAUAAGGAACAAAAAAUGGGAUCUUCACUUCGUGUCUAUACCGUACAUCCCACAACUCUAUUUUGUAUCAUACAAGUGACAAAAACUGUGACAACAUCGAGCUCGCGAAGAACAUCAAAAACUGCCGAGACACCCACCGAGAGUAAGAAUCCAACCUUUACAUUGAAACCUGGAAUGUUUGGAUCAAAAUCGAAAACGAAUUUAACAUUGAAUUUGGGCGGAAUUACGAGUAAGGUGGAAACAAAUUCAGGUGUUUUGGAGGAAUUUCUCGAAGAUGAUGAUGAUUUUAGGCCUAAAACAACGAGAUGA